AGUUCUGCGGGGAUUGGGUCCGUGUGUAUCGAGCUGUUCCUGGGUGUUAACGGCAGAAGAUCAGGGAGGGCUGGAGUGAUUUGUUCCCGCCUCAAACACGUUCCCUGAUACCAUUAUGAAUCAGACUGGAAACUGACAGAAAGUAACAGCCGCGCGCAGUUGUGAUACAUUGUUUCAGUCCGGCGCGGAUUAGAACUCGUUGUUACAUUGUGACAUUGCGCCGCGCGGACUCUGAUACACUGUAUCUGCCGCGUCUGGUCUGAUGAUGGAGCGCUGGAAGGGGAGAGUCGCGCUGGUCACCGGAGCGUCUGUCGGGAUCGGAGCGGCUGUGGCUCGCGCUCUCGUCCAGCACGGCAUGAAGGUGGUCGGCUGCGCGCGGAACGUGGACAAGAUCGAGAAGCUGGCAGCUGAGUGUCAGAGCGCGGGAUACAGCGGCACUCUGAUCCCGUAUAAGUGUGAUCUGUGCAACGAGGAAGAGAUUCUGUCCAUGUUUUCAGCCAUCAAGACGCUGCAUCAGGGAGUGGACGUGUGCAUCAACAACGCCGGUCUGGCUCACAACGAACCGCUGCUCAGCGGAAGGACAGACGGCUGGAGGAAUAUGAUCGAUGUCAACAUACUCGCUCUGGCCAUCUGCACGCGUGAGGCCUACCAGUCCAUGAAGGAGAGGCACGUGGAUGACGGACACAUCAUCAACAUCAACAGUAUGGGGGGUCACAGGAUGGUGCCCAGUGCUGACGAACACUUCUACUGCGCCACGAAAUACGCUGUGACCGCUAUGACAGAGGGACUGAGACAGGAGCUACAGGAGGCCAAAACACACAUCCGAGCCACGAGUAUAUCACCUGGAAUAGUGGAAACUGAAUUUGCCUUCCGGCAUCACAACAGCGAUCCGGAGAGAGCAGCGGCUGUUUAUGAAAGUAUAAAGUGUUUGAAAGCAGAAGACAUCGCCAGCGCCAUCACAUAUGUCCUGAGCGCACCUGCUCAUGUUCAGAUCGGUGACGUGCAGAUGCGGCCGGUGGAGCAAGAAUCUUAGGAACGGAUCUGGAACGGGAAGACACCUGCUGGGCAAAAACAUGUAUAACACUUUGUUUUAAAGAACUGAUUGAAGGGAAUUGGUUUGGGUUUGCAGAUCGGAUCAAAUCGGAGAAGGCGGCGCUGUGUGGCUUGAUCUGACGCGACGCUCGGACGCUCGACAGCGAGAUCACCUUCGUUUAAUGAGGGGAAACUUUCAGGCUUUUCUAAAAACACACAACGCCAGAAACCGGAACAAAAGAAGAAGAUUUAAUGUGUGUUACUGUCUGAUACGGUCAUGUGAGACCGGUUACACCGAGACCAGUACGCCGUGAAUUGCACAUCAUUUUUUUUUAGGUCAUAUUACAUGUCUGUUUUAAGAGUGUGACGAUAAGAAACAGUCGCUCGGUGCCGGUUGAGGUGAUGUUAAUUACUGUAUUAAUUGUUUCAUGAGUAUUCUAACUUGAAUUGUAUGUAGAUGUGGUUCUUAUACUGUACCUACAAAAGCUAGCCUACUGUUCGUUUGAAGCGAAAUCAAAUCAUGAUUUUCAGGAGAAAGAAACCUGUUUGACUGCAGAAUCAGAAACCGAAUGAGAAAUGUUGGUUUUACACUGAACGAAAGGUACGACACUGGCUUCUUUCAUUGGAAAAUAAGUAUGAAAACACUGUAGUGAGGACUUGAAAAUAAAUAAUAGUUGAUAGCCUAUAAUUAAUUCUUAUUGAUUAAACGAGAUUAUGAUUGUUGAUUAUGGAUGAAUUACUUUUUGCUGGAUGUCACCUCUACAUCUCAAAAUCUCUUUGUGUUUCUUUUCUAUUCAAAUUCUCAUAUUGUUAAUAUUUGGGAAACUACCCUUCAUUUCACCAGUGGAAACUUAAAUUAAAUUACAUGAAAUAAAUCCAAUUCAAUACUUGAAUAUCAUGAAACCUGUUUAGAAACUGUCCAGUUCACAUUCACAAUAAAAUUAAAAUAUUUU